AUGAAACAGUUGUCGACAAAAGUGACAAGCAAUGCUCAUGGACAAGACUCUUCCUACUUCUUGGGAUGGGAAGAAUACGAGAAGAACCCUUACGACGAAAUCAAGAACCCUAAUGGUAUUAUUCAAAUGGGUCUUGCCGAAAAUCAGCUAUGUUUUGAUCUCAUAGAGACAUGGUUAGCUAAGAAUCCGGACGCAGCCGGGCUCAAGAAGGACGGCCAAUCCAUUUUCAAAGAACUUGCUCUCUUCCAAGAUUAUCAUGGCCUACCCGAGUUCAAGAAGGCUUUGGCAGAGUUUAUGGAGGAAAUAAGAGGUAAUAGAGUAACAUUUGAUCCAAGCAAGAUUGUCCUAGCUGCUGGUUCAACCUCUGCCAACGAAACUCUCAUGUUUUGUCUAGCGGAACCCGGAGAUGCUUUUCUUUUACCCACUCCUUACUAUCCAGGAUUUGAUAGGGAUUUGAAAUGGAGAACGGGAGCAGAGAUCGUACCCAUUCAUUGCUCGAGCUCUAAUGGGUUCCAAAUAACAGAAUCAGCUCUUCAACAAGCUUAUCAACAAGCUCAGAAGCUUGAUCUUAAGGUCAAAGGAGUUCUUGUUACCAACCCAUCUAACCCACUUGGCACAAUGUUGACCAGAAGAGAACUUAACCUACUCGUUGACUUCAUUACUUCCAAAAACAUUCAUCUCAUAAGCGACGAGAUCUAUUCAGGUACAGUUUUCGGGUUCGAACAAUUCGUUAGUGUCAUGGAUGUCUUAAAAGACAAAAAACUCGAGAACAGCGAAGUCUCCAAAAGGGUUCACGUCGUUUACAGUCUUUCCAAAGAUCUAGGCUUACCCGGUUUUCGCGUUGGAGCAAUAUACUCCAACGACGAAAUGGUUGUUUCGGCUGCGACAAAAAUGUCGAGUUUCGGCCUCGUUUCUUCCCAAACACAGUACCUUCUCUCUGCACUGCUUUCCGACAAGAAGUUCACAGGAACAUACCUCAACGAGAACCAGAAAAGACUCAAGAUUCGUCAAAAGCAACUCGUGUCCGGUCUUGAAGCUGCAGGGGUUACUUGUCUUAAAAGCAACGCUGGUUUGUUUUGUUGGGUCGACAUGAGACAUCUCUUGGACACAAACACAUUCGAAGCAGAGCUCGAGCUAUGGAAGAAGAUUGUAUAUGAAGUGAAACUGAACAUUUCACCCGGUUCAUCGUGUCAUUGUACUGAACCGGGUUGGUUUAGGGUUUGUUUCGCUAACAUGAGUGAAGAGACACUCGAUUUGGCGAUGAAAAGGCUCAAAGAAUACGUAGAGUCAACAGAUAGUAGGAGAUUGAUAUCAAAGAGCAGCCAUGAGAGGAUCAAGAGUUUGAGGAAGAGGACUGUCUCUAACUGGGUUUUCCGGGUGUCAUGGACCGACCGUGUACCUGAUGAACGAUGAAAUUAAUAUCAUCGUCCCAUGUUUAAGGCACAAAAAUCUUCAUAUUUAUAUAAAUAAUUCGUUUUUCAAUAUUUUGGAAAGUGUAUUAACAUUUUCCAAAAUAUUUAUAUCACUAUAUUCUUUUAAAAAAUAACACUAUAUUCUU